AGCAGAGAUCCCGUUCGGGCGCUCUCACCAGCGCCGAUAGUGCUGACUCAGGGAUGACCACGGAAACGUUACUUUAUGGAAAUCCAUUUUCUCACUGCUCCGAUAAGCCCGUAAUGUUGCGCGCUCGCCUUCCUGGUUUCAGUCAACGUCUCUCGGCUGGUGUGACGAGGUGACUCACUUUGGCUCAAGAGACUGGCGUUACCAGAGGUUCACCAAACAGCCCAGAACAGAGGCCCUUAGAAGCCCAGUCGUCGCGUUCAGCAUGAGACCCGAAGAAAUGGCACACGAAGAGACCUCCCCUGUGGACGGACUCCAGCCCAUCACUCAGACGUACACCCUAACCCUAGCCUCUCUGUCCCCUCCCUUAAACAUCACCUUCCCAGAAAACCUCUCCGACCCUUCCCUGAUCGACGAAGACCGCGUCAUGGGUCCCCAGUACCACCAACGGGUCCGCGUCGGCAUCAUCAUCACCAUGAUCGUGGUGUCGGUCUUCGGCAACAGCGUCGUCUGCUGGAAAUUGCUGUUGAACCGACGCCAUCGUCGAGUCUCCAAGGCUCGCGUCCUCUUUCUCAACCUAGCCAUCGCCGACUUGCUCAUCGCCUGCGUCACAAUGACAUCGCAGGUCGUCUGGGAAGUCAUGGGUCGUUUGUGGAUUGCCGGCGAUGUCUUCUGCAGGUUCUUCAAGGUGCUCCAGACGUUCGCUCUGGUAUCUUCAACGUACAUGUUGGUCAGCAUCGCUCUCGACCGACACAUAGCAAUAGUGACACCACUGGCUCCAAGCCCAGACCCUUGGAGACUGGCUAUCGGAACGUGGAUCGCGGCCCUGUUGCCAUCGCUACCGAACUUCUACGUGUUUCACAGUAUCGAAGUGUCUCCGGGUAAAUGCUACUGUGCGUCCAUCUUCUACGGGGGCGACACGCCGCUGUCUCAUCGGCAGAUCUACAUGGGCUUCGUCUUCUUCAUGGUCUUCAUUGGACCUCUCCUGCUCCUGUUCGCCCUCUACACCGGCAUUCUGCUCAGCAUUUGGCGACAGGGCGCCAACAGUGCGAAAAUGGGACAACAGACCGGGUCGGCACUUCCGCGUGCCAAAGUGAAAACUCUUCGAAUUACCGUCGUGGUGUUCUUGGCCUUCAUAAUCACCAACGUUCCGUACAUGAUUCAAGAAAUGAUCCUCGCGUUUGGCAACCCCGGGGUUCUCGAUCCCAACAUUGUUGCCUUGUUCGGUGUGAUUUCCGCCAGCAACAGCGCCCUCAAUCCCUACAUCUACCUUUUCUUCCAGUCGGCAAGAGGACAGCACUGUGGCUUCUGGUCGCACUGUGUUGCGAAUGCUAAAAACUCAAUCGUCUACCGCUGGGUGAGUCGCCUGCGAUCGUCCAAUGGUAACUCAUCGCACGGUUCCUCGUCUCCUCCGAUUGGUUCGACGAGUAAGCUCCCUCUGGUGACGGUUACAGUGACCAACGGACGAGGCGUAAAUGGAGUUAGAACGUGUACUACAGUGCUGAACGUGAACUGUCAUAUAAAUUGCGAGCCUUCAAAGAAGCCGAGCGAUGCCUCAUCGUUAUGAUACGGGACGGCAAAGGCAAGGACUUGGCUUUGAGAAAGAGGCCACAUAAAACGGUCACGUUUAGUGCACCCGUGAUCCAGUGAGUGACAAAGACUACGUGGGAGCAUUGCCUCUUCCAAUUUUAAAACAAAUCACUGUCCUCCUCGAGUCUUCUGUCCGACUCGCAACGCGGUCAUCCCCAGGACAUCCACCGACGCUAGAAAGAGGACAUUAAUCAUAACGAAACAAGGCAUCCCAAACACCGGGCGCGUCGUUAUCCGUGUCUCGUCCCUGCGGUCCCGUUACUGCAUGACCCCAUCGAUGGUGAGGAAGAGCGGCAUCCUUGUCAACGAAAGCGGUGCGGUCACGUCAAGGAACGGGGCCAUACUUGGCAUCAUUCUCCUCGUCUUGAUUGGACAUGUCUGUGCAGAUACGCGAGGGCGAUUUAUGAGGUCGCCUACCGAGGAUGCCUUCUUUUAGGAGCAUGAUGAACUUUCCCGCUGCUCUGUAAGGCGAUUGCCUGUCGUCGAUUGAUGAAUGAGAGAAGCGCUCAACGAAGAUUAAACGUU